AUGGCUGAAAUCGUUGUUAGCGCCGUCAUCACCGUGCUGUGUGAGAAGCUGAUCUCUGGUGACUUGAUGAAGCUCUCUCGAUCAGAAGGGAUCGAUUCUCAGCUGAAGAAAUGGAAGAAAAACCUACCCCUGAUCCAAGCCGUGCUUGCUGAUGCAACCCAGAAGCAAAUAAAAGAGAGAGCUGUUCAACUGUGGGUGAGCGAUCUCCAGCAUUUGGCUUACGACAUUGACGAUGUACUCGACGAUUUGGCCACCGAAGCUCUGCGACGCAAGUUGAAUCAAGAAGCUCAAGCCAGCUCCAGUGGUAGUAAGGUAUUGAAGCUCGUCCCAAAUUGCUGCACUAAUUUCACUCCUCGCAACAUUAUGUAUGGUCAGCAAAUGAGUUCUAAGCUAGAAGAGAUCACUACCAAAUUGCAUGAUCUUGUUGACCAGAAAAAUGAUUUGGGUUUGAAUGUGAAUGUUGAAAGGUCAAAUAUAACAGAAAGACGAUUGGAGCAAACUUCACUGGUUGAUGAGUCCAAAAUCAUGGGUCGAGAAGGGGAUAAAGAGGCAUUGUUAGAGAAAUUGUUGGGAAAUGAAGAAUGUGAUGAAAAUGUGAGCAUAGUGUCGAUAAUUGGUAUGGGUGGAAUAGGCAAAACCACUCUUGCCAAAGUUUUAUACAACGAGCAGAAAGUGAAAGAUCACUUUGAAGUCAUGGCAUGGGUUUGUGUUUCUGAAGAGUGCGAUGUGUUUAACAUUAGCAAGGCUAUCUUCCAAGCAGUAACAGGUCAAAACAAAGAUUUUGCUAAUCUUGAUCUGCUUCAUGUGACCCUCAAAGAAGAACUUUCAAAGAAGAGGUUCCUACUUGUUCUAGAUGAUGUCUGGAAUGAAGACGACAGUAAGUGGGAACUCAUCCAAAGCCCUCUUCUUGUAGGGGCACCUGGAAGUAGAAUUAUUGUCACAACCCGGAGUACCAGAGUUGCAUCAGUAAUGGACUCGCAAGAAACUUACCCUCUAGGCGUUUUGUCAAAUGAAGAUGCACUGUCAUUAUUUGCUCAACAUGCGUUAGGAGAAAAAAACUUUGACAAUCAUCCAACACUUAAGUUGCUUGGUGAAGGUAUGGUUCAGAAAUGUGGUAGAUUGCCUUUGGCUUUGAAAGCACUUGGGAGGGUGUUGAAGGGAAAUAGGAAUGGUGAUGAAUGGGAGAAGUUGCUGAAGAGUGAGAUAUGGGAUAUAGAGGAUGGAAAUAAGAAGAUUCUUCCGGCUCUUAGAAUAAGCUACUAUCAUCUGCCUCCACAUUUGAAGCAAUUAUUUGCAUACUGCUCCUUAAUUCCAAAGGACUAUGUGUUUGACAAGAAUAAGUUAGUCCUAUUCAGGGUUGGCUUUCCAUUAUGGGUCUAG